AUGGACAAGCACAUCACCACCCCAAUUUCUGACCAAGCAACAGCAUCACAACAACGUAGACAAAGCAUCUACAUAACCCUCGCCCGUUUCCACCCUCCCACGGCGGAGCCAACGAAUGGUACAAGAGUGCUGUCCGCACAUCUCCUACGUGAGGAAGCUAUACGAGCAGCACGAGAGUUCUUGAAUGGUCAUGAUGUGGAUAUAAAUGCGAUCGAGGAUUUUCGUAGUGAGAAUGGACAGGUUGGACUUCGGCCGAAGUUCACCGCUUGUGGGGAGUAUGUUGCUUGGGUUGAGAGUGUGAGGUUGGAUAUGAUGGUGCCGCAGGCACGGGAUGCAGGAGGUACGCGAAUUGGCGACAAUGAGGGCGAUGGUGGGAAAGACGAGGACGAUCUUGCAAGGACUUCGCAAAGAUGA